GUGACGGUUCGGUGGAAGAUUUGCGGAUUGUGAAGAAGAAAUUUGCCAUUUACAAGGAGUGGUGAAGUAAAUUCGCAAGUAAAUCUUUUCCUCGUGCCCUACCGGGUGUAGGCGCAUCGAAGAAAGAGGAAAGUACCAUCGUUCGCGACUGUUAAUCAGACAUUAUGGCGAAUUUGAGACAAACUCCGCUGACGUGUAGUGGACACACUAGACCCGUAGUGCAUCUUGCAUUUUCCGAUAUCACUGAAUCUGGAUAUUAUCUGAUUUCGGCAUGCAAAGAUGGCAAACCUAUGUUACGACAAGGAGAUACUGGAGAUUGGAUUGGAACAUUUGAAGGACAUAAAGGAGCAGUGUGGGGUGUAGCAUUAAACCCUGAGGCUACAAGAGCAGCUUCAGGUGCUGCUGACUUUAAUGCUAAAGUCUGGGAUGCAAUUAAAGGAGGAGAAAUUCAUUCAUUUCAACAUAAACAUAUAGUCAAGUCUGUCAAUUUCAGCACUGAUUCUAAUUACUUAUGUACUGGUUCUAAUGAGAAACUUGUGCGCAUUUAUGAUCUUAACAAGCCAGAAGCAGCACCACAGGUUUUUCCAGGUCAUAAAAAUGGUAUUAGAUAUGUUACUUUCUUCAAUAAUAACACUGCAUUAAUUACCUGUGGUGAUGAUAAAACCCUGAGAGUCUGGGACAGGAAUAGUGGUCAAGAAAUAAAAAGGCUAGAUUUUCCAGCAAUUCCAAAUUCCAUGGAAGUGUCAAGGGAUGGGAAUAUCAUUACCACUACUCAUUCCAAUAUAGUUACUUUUUGGAACAGCAGAGAAUUAAAUAAAUUGCGCGAAUAUACGGCACCAACGCAAAUGAAUAGUGCUAGUUUGCAUCCAGAUUGUAGUAUUUUUGUAUGUGGUGGAGAAGACUUAAAAAUGUACAAGUUUGACUAUGCUACGGGUGCAGAAAUUGAAUCAUUCAAAGGACACUUUGGGCCUGUGCACUGUGUACGUUUUUCACCAGAUGGUGAACUAUAUGCUAGUGGUUCAGAAGAUGGUACCUUGAGAUUAUGGCAAACAACCGUUGGUAAAACUUACGGUCUUUGGCGAUGUAUAGAGCAACCACCUGCGAUGCAAGAAAGUGCUGCUGUGCUUAACAAUAAACAAGAAGUUCCUGCCAGUUAA